AUGCGCUCGUACAGCUGGCUUGUGGUCAUUUCCGCGUUCAUUGCGAGCUCGCACGCCUGGCCUGAACCUCCACAUUUCGAACUACAGCAAACUGAAAACACAAAUGCAGCCUCGGCGCAUCGAUCAGUCCAGGGCACCUGCAAGCGCAUAGCAGCACUGACGAAUCUCUCGAAUAUGGUCGCAAACCAGACACGCAUGGACACCUUACUCGCAGACAGGAAGCUCACCCAGGAGCAAGUCGACUACAUGGAGACCAAGAAAGACGCCAUCAAGUCUGAGCUGCAAAGGUUGAGUUCGAACACAACCCUCGUUGCCGAAUGUGACGUCAUCAAUGCUCAUAGCAAGGCUGUGAAAGACUGCAAGAAGCUGGAUAAGCUAGAGAAACUGGCGGAGCUGGCGAACAACAAGACCGCGUAUGAUGAGCAUCUGGCAGGGGAGAUCCUGAAUCAGAAACAAACGGAACAGCUGAAGAAGAACAUGGAGGAUGCAGAGAUCAAGCUGCAAGAGUUGCGCAGCAACAGCACUUUGAUUGGGCUGUGUACAGAUGAGAUUGGACUUCGGCAAGACGGAGCUGCUGGGCAGCAGGCUGGUGACAUUGGCGAAGCCGCGGUAGACAAUAGUGGCGCCAUCAGCCUGUCAACGAGCGAAGCAAUAAGAUCUCGGUCGGGAACGUGGAAAGUGACAUUUGCCCUGGCAUCGGGAACAUUUAUAUUUUUCGAAUUUGUCUAA